AUGGCGUUCUUCUGUCCGAACUGCCACAACAUUGUUUUAGUACACAUCGAGAGCGGAGUUUAUUUUUAUUGUAAAACAUGCAAUUUUAAGUAUAAGGUAAAAAAUAAAAUAUAUAACAAAUUUGAUUGCAAAGAAUAUAACAAAAAUAUUCCUUUAGAUGCUGUUGACAUGAACAAUAAAAACAUGUCCAAAACACAAGCCAUAUGUCCAAAAUGCACGAAUGACGAAGCUUACUUUUACAGCCUACAAAUCAGAUCCGCAGAUGAACCGAGCACAAUCUUUUACGUUUGCGUAAAGUGUAACUACCACUGGAAGGAGUAA